GAGGAACUAAAGAAGAAAGGUAAUGAAUGUAUGAAAGCUGGAAAUCAUACUGAAGCUGUCUUUCAUUACACACAUGCUAUCAAAAUAGAAUCAAAAAAUGCUAUUUUAUACAGCAACAGAUCUGCAGCAUUCCUUAAAAUUGAACAAUUUUAUUUAGCAAUACAAGAUGCUAGGAAAUCUAUACAGUUAGAUCCAAACUGGACAAAGGUACAGUACGUUUGGUUUUUAUAA